AUGUGCACCGAAGAUUUGCCGUUGUUUGAUUUGGAGAACAACCGAACGCAGUUCUUCUUCGAUCAGCUCAUCGCAUUCAAUCAAGUCUAUACCGUUCUCCAUCGAUACUUAUGCAUUUUCGUAUGCUUCUUCGGCGUCCUUCUCAAUUGUCUUCAUUUCUACGUGUUGAUGCAAAAAGCGAUGCGGGUUUAUAUUAUCAACGCCCUUUUGUGCGCCAUGUCAAUUUGUGAUAUCAUUACAAUGGCAUCCUAUUUUGUGUAUAUUCUCCGAUUUCGAAUAUUCGAUUCUUCGAAUGUCAUCGGAUACACUUAUCCUUGGCUGAUAUUUCUCAUAACUCAUGUUACUUCGUCCAUCGCACUCCACACAACUUCAUUGUACCUUUCUGUCAUAAUGGCUUACAUCCGAUGGACUGCAUUGGAUCGACUAGACGCCAAAUGGAUCAAUCACGGAGCCUUAAAGAGAAUCUUCAUUCUAACUGCUCUGAUUGUGUCGAUUAUUUCAAUUCCGACGGUCAUGGUCCAUAAAAUUGUGACCGUCAAGGAUAUAUUGCAUAUUAAUGACACAAAUUCUCAGCUCGAUGGAUUGUACACAGUAACAUUAGAUGAGACAAAAAUAAACGGGUGUGCACUUUUCCGGCUCAACUUAUGGAUUACUGGUAUCAUGUUCAAGGCACUUCCAUGCAUUUUGAUUCUUUGGUUCACAAUUGCUCUAAUUUAUAAAUUAUGCGAGAUGAGCGAGAAGCGAAAGCUGCUGCGCGGCGAGAAUAAUCGAAAAGCUGAGUAUCCGCUGGUCGCACCUGCACUUAAUCCAACAUCUUCCGCUAGGGAUGAGCAAAAAAACCGCAAAAUUUCGCAUGCUGUUUCAAUUGACCGAACGACGCUGAUGCUCAUUAUCAUGCUCGUUGUUUUUCUAUGCACCGAACUUCCUCAAGGUCUUCUUGCAAUUUUGUCGGCAAUUUAUCCAACGCACGUUCACACGAUGAUUUACGUGAAUGUUGGAGAAGUGCUCGAUUUGUUAUCCUUGAUCAAUUGUCUGACCUCGUUCGUCGUCUACUGCGUGAUGAGUACAACGUACCGCGCGACAGUUAACAAAAUGACGAAGGGUAAAGAAGAUGAAUUCGACGACGAACCUCAUUUUGGGGGCAGAACAACGUCUUUCAGCGAUAAUGAUCUGGCGAAUGGUUUAAUCAAUUCUGACGACAAUAUCGAUGAUCUUGGUUUUACGACAGAUGGUGAACAAAAUCGCCAUUCAACAGACAAACGGUUAAAGAACAAACGGUACAAUGAAAUUCUCGAAAAGCAACACUUCGACAUGAUAAAUGAGCGAAUCGUCGAUGAUGUUUCAAUGGAAGUUUUCUAUAAACCGCACAGUAUUACACUGCUUCUCGUCCUUUCCAUCGGAUUGUUCUACAAAGCGUUCAAUGAAGAUUCGACGAGUAAUACUGAGAAAAAUAUUAUUGAUGGAUUUAUGGGAAUGCUCGCACUUUUUCUAAUGAUUAGCGCGUUAACUUUUCCAAAUGGCCCAUUUAUCCGGCCACAUCCAGUAGUGUGGAGAAUCAUUUUUGGACUUUCCGUAGUUUAUGUCCUGAUUCUUCAAUUUGCUCUUUUCCAAACUCAUGAUGACUUGAAAAAAUUGCUGACUUGGUUGGAUCCAGUGGGUCUCGGACAGAAGAAGCUCGAAGAGAAAGAAUACGCGCAAGAUUGUUGGAAUUUUUCGUUUGAGAAAAUCAUGAGCCAUGUCGACUUCUUCGCAUUCUCCCAUUUCGUCGGAUGGGUCAUGAAAGCUGUCCUUAUUAGGCAUUGGGUUCUCAGUUGGUAUAUUUCAAUUAUCUGGGAGUUCACUGAAUUAAUGUUCAUGGCACUGCUUCCAAACUUCGCCGAAUGUUGGUGGGAUGCGAUCAUCCUCGACGUUCUUAUUUGCAAUGGCUUGGGAAUUUAUUGCGGUAUGAAAUUUUGCAAAUUCUUGCAAAUGCGCAUCUACCAUUGGGAAAGUGUGAGAAAUAUAAAAUCUCGCCGCGGAAAGAUGAAGCGGCUUGCUCUUCAAUUUACUCCAGCGAGCUGGUCCCAAUUCGAAUGGUGCUACAGUAACUCCUUUGGACAAGCUGUCAAGAGAACAAUCACAUUGACAGUCUUUGUGUUAUUUUGGCUGAUUUCCGAGCUUAACACCUUCUUCAUAAAACAUAUCUUCGCCAUCGAUACUCAACAUCCGGUGGUAUUCUGGAGAAUCAUUCUUAUCGGAUGCAUCGCCGCGCCAACAAUUCGGCAAUUCUACGUCUAUGCUACCGAUCCGCUGACUCGCCGAGUCGGAAUGCAAUGCUGGAUCUUCGUACUAAUCUGCGUUCUAGAAAUGGCCGUUUGCGUCAAGUGCGCCCGCGAGCUUUUCCUCCAAAUUGAUUUGAGCAACAUCGCAAUCUGGCUUUCAACUAUUAUUAUCACUACAAUUUUCUGCAUUUUUGUUUCAAUCUGGUAUGCCGAGAAGUUUGAGAAGACCGAACGGGUUUUGGUGAAAGGUCGCCGCCGAUUGUGCUAUUUGGAAUCCUCCCAUGAAAACUUGGGAAUACUUCAAGACGACGUCGUCAAACGACGAAAAGAGUACCUCAGUAAAAGUCCCUCCUUCCGAUGA